AACCCUACCUUCCUUAGCUUCCUCCUUAUUUCCCCGUCUCUCCUCACAUCCACAUACUCUCCUUCUUCAUCUCUCUUCCCUUCUACCUGCGACUAUGAAGAUUAAACACAAGGGGAAAGUAUACCCCUCUCCAUCGUCAUCUUCUUCAUCCACUCCACAAACCUUUAUUUCUUCUCCAGAUGCGCUCUCUGUUCUCAAGCUUCUUCCAGCUGCUAUUCUAGCUCUAGCUUCGGUUCUUUCUACUGAGGAUAAGGAAGUUUUGGCUUAUAUGAUUACCAGGUCCAUCAAAACCACCACCACCACCAACCCAUGUUCCCUUUCUCAAGAUUCCAAGAAAAAGUCCAAGAAACAACCACCCGCCGCCGCAGCAGGCGGGGGCGGUGGCGGUGGCGGUGGCGGCUCUGCUCAUAAACCGCCGGUGUUCGACUGUGGCUGCUUUGAGUGCUACACCUGUUACUGGUUCAGGUGGGACUCGUCUCCCAACAGAGAGCUCAUCCACCAGGCCAUUGAAGCGUUUGAGGACCACCUGAGCUCCGGCGAGAAACCGAAGAGAAUCGGCAGCCGAGGGAAGAAGAAAGAGCGUGUUGGCCGUCGUAUCGCCGAUAAGCCGGAUGAUAUAUCUUGCCAGCUCGAAAUGCCGGUAGCGGAGGAAGAAGCUCCUGAAGUGCCGAAUACCGAUGACGCCAGCGUUGCACCCGCCCCGGAGAGCCACGCCCCGACGGCGCGUGAUGGGUGCGAGGAGGCAAAGGCGGAGGAUAAUAACGGAGACGUCCCUGGGGAAGAGUCGGCGGCGGAGACCUCAGAGAUUGUACGGGACACGGCGGCGAGCAACCACAAGGGCUUGGCAAGGAAGGUGUUGCCGGACGUGUUGGGGUUAUUGAAUUCGCGCUUAUGGGGCCUUUGGAGUCCGAAUGUGUAAUGUAAAAUUUUAAAAAUUUUUCCAGUCCCAAAAAAAGAAUAUAUAUUUUGGUGGUUGGUUAUAUUCUCUACUCCAUUAUUGGGAUUUGGCCCCUCCACAUAAAAAAGGCUUCAUUUACUGCAUUUCUCUUUCUCCGGCCAUCCUCACCGGAAAAUGUCUUCCGGUGACUUGGGGUUCCGGCUUUUGAUUUGGAAAAAUAUUUUUGGUCAAUUAUUUUUUAAAUUUUCUUAGAGGCUAAGUUUUGUAAUUAGGUGAAGUAGAAGCUGACGUGGACCAGCCAAAUGUGACCUCUUUCUUAGUAGUUAGUGGCGACCAUAUUAUAAAACUUGAAUAUAUGAUGUGUUGCUUUUAAUUAUUCA